AAGCAGCAUUAAAUAAUCUUCUUCCAAACUAAAAAAUAACAUCUCCUUCAUCGCUGAACACCAUUAUCUUGAAGACAACGACUAUGUCAGUCACGCUGCACACGUCGCACGGCGACAUUAAGGUUGAGAUAUACUGCGAAAGUGUUCCCAAAACUGCAGAGAAUUUCCUUGCCCUCUGUGGCUCUGGCUACUACGAUAAAUCUCCAUUCCACCGCCUCAUCCCCAAGUUCAUGGCACAGACUGGCGCACCCGCAACACCAAACCCCCCCGAUAACCCCAAAGGCGGACGCAGCAUAUGGGGAGGCGCGUUUGAAGACGAGAUCCGGCCAGCGCUACGACACGGCGCUCGAGGCGUGCUGUCGAUGGCCAACAAGGGACCUGGGACAAACGGAUCGCAAUUCUUUAUCACAUUCGACAAGGCGCCGCAUCUGGACGGACUCAACACUGUAUUUGGACGCGUCAUCGGAGACGAGGGUUUAGCGACAUUGGCUAAGAUGGAAGCUAUCGAGGUGGACCGCAAGAACAGACCCAAGGAGCCAGUUCGUAUCGAAAAUGUGACGAUCCACGCCAACCCGAUCGCUGGUUGAGAUAACGACAAUGUCCUUCGUACUUCUUGUCACGCCAUGACAUUGCACCAUACCUCCUCGAACGAAGCACUGUACUACCGUUACGGCACAUCACUGAAGGAAGACGAAAAUGGCAAACGAUUUACCACACGAAACUUCAUUUUGAAGACUAUCAUU